GCACGUCGCUCAUCAAGCCCAUUACAGCGCAUUUUGCCCUGUGACUCACUUAUCUGCGUUCAAUUCGCAGUGAGAUUAGUAUUUCAUUAAGCUGAAGUAACACUGAGCUCUAUCUGACAACAACAACAAAAAGGAAAAAAAAGAUGAUACGCCUGUUUCGCUUGUUUCUCAUACGCGUCUGCGUCUCCAUACACGCACCUAAGCGUUUCGCUUGGGGCACAGCACCAGUUUAAUCAAUCAAACACACGGGAGGGGCAAUCGCAGUUGGCUCAAAAGGGGGCCAGUUCGGGGCGUUGGCGCGUUUGAAUCCCAGAAUCCCAGCCCGAGCUAAACGGAGUGAUUUGGAAUUUAAAACGGUUGUUUGUUCGGAAUCGCAGAGAGAUGCCGCAUAAGAAAAGAAGUCACGGCCAUCACAAAAAGACAAAAGAGCAUGGAGGAGCAGAUCCUACCCCAGUUACAUUUCAUCAAAGUAGCAAGCCUGCAGCCCACCAUGUCCCUGCAGCCCAUCAUGCUAAGUCGCAGCCCGGCCAGGCCACCCCGACCUCAGCAGCUCAGGUCUCAAACGUGAAGCCUGCACAGUUUGAGAAGGCACCAUCAGCAUCCGGCAUGGCUACGAAGCCUGGGCUGGUUGCCACGGCAACAGGCGGAGCAACAGGAAGUACUGUCACAGCAAGAGGAAGUGCUUCAGUUCAGACAGCGGGGAAAGGCACAACUAAAGUUGUGACAGAGCCUGCUUUUGUUCCUCCUAACACGGUAGCGGGCGCUACUGUUGUUGACAUGUCAUCAUCUGGUGCUACUGUUAUUGACGUGACUUCAGCUGGGGCCAGGGGCUCUCCUAAAGAGAUCCCAAAGACGGCCGCUGUCUCCCAAGUCAAAGCUUCAGCUGCACUUCCUGCUCCUGCUGCCGGCACAGCUGGAGCCACUGGCACGACAGGAGCAGCAGCAGCCAAACCAAAAGAGUCUCCCAGGGACACCCCAAAGAGUGCCACUGCCACUACAACAGUCAAAGCUGACGCUCCCAAAGUCGAUGCUGCUGAAGUGGCAAAGCCCGCUGCAACAGCUGCGGCUGUGAGUGCUGGGAAAGAGUCUGUGAAGGGGAAGACACAGGAAGCCAAACCUGGACAGACCAAGGUCCAGGUCGAGGUUGCUCCCCCAGCAGCAAAGGCUGCCAAAGAGGCACCUGCUGUGGAUCCCUUCGACGCCCUAGCCAGCAUUUUGCCACCAUCAGAACCUCUCGCCCCUCAACAGCCUGUUUACAUCGGGCCAGAGGUCAAGGAGCAUGGCAUCACCUCCACGGAGGGUCAACUGUGUGGAAAGAGAGAGGACACACUGCCUCCAGGCUACCGAUUUGGAGAUAUGGCCCCGGUUCCAGCAGAGGUCAAGCCUGAGGCUGUCCCUAAACCUAUGAGUACAGAUGAGGCCUUGGAUUCUCUAUCUCUUGGCUUCUCGACUUCCACAGUCCCGGUUGCACCCAAGAAAGAAGAGAAAAUUGAGAAUAUAGAUGCCAUUGAGGCCUUGUCCGCUGGCUUUUCUAACUUUGCACCACCUCCUGCUGCUCCUGGCAAGAAGUCUGGAGACCCGACGAUUCCCUCGUCAGCUUUGUCCCCUGCUGCUCCUGCUGAUAAGAAGGCCAAGAUGGAGAAAGGUGCUGAUGACUUUUCUCUGAAGGCUGGACUCCCCUCUGCACCUCCCAAGAAACCUCAAGACACUUCGAUUCCCACUGCGGUUGUGUGUGCUGCUCCUCCUGCUGAUAAAAAAGCCAAGAUGGAGAAAGUUUCUGAUGACUUUUCACUUCUGGCUGGACUGGACGCCCCAGUGGACACCAAGCCCAACACUGAUGAGGGUGGUUCGAUGUCUCUGGAUGCUCUCAGCGCUCUCGGGGACACACUGGCAGGACCCAAACUGACUCCUGAGUCCCCAAAACUCAGGCCCGAGGACAUUGUUUCAGAGGAAAAACUGCAGAAAAAGAAGGGUGUACGUGUCGGAGAGAGGGACGACACCCUCCUCCCAAAUUACCGGUUCACCAAAGACAAACUUAAAGACUUGCCUGCUCCUGAACCUGAGCCCACCAUAGGCACCGGCGAAGCGCUGGACAUCUUAUCUGGAGACUUCCUGUCGUCCUCAUCUGCUCCUGCCGUCCAGGCUUCUGUAGUCACCCCCUCCGCCCCUCCUUCACAUCCCAAGGUAGAAGAGUUGUCAGCUCUGGAUUUGCUUGCUGGAGAUCUUGUUGCUCCAACUAAGGCAUCUGCUGUCCAGGCCCCCAUCAUUCCUCCUGCCAAAAAGAAGCCAGAGAUAGCUGUUUGUACUUUUGGAAAGCCCGGCCCUGGUGAUGUCCAACAUGCCAAAAAACCAGAAGCAAAACCAUCUACUGAUAAAGGUGCCUCCAUGUCUCUGGAUGCCCUCAGUGCUCUCGGAGACACCCUGGCGGCCCUUGAACCCACUCCUGAACCUCCUAAGCUCAGGCCUGAGGACAUUGUUUCGGAGGACAAAUUGGACUCAGACAAGGGCGAGCGUGUGGGAGAGAGGGAGGACACCAUCCCCCCAGAGUAUCGGUUUACAGAAGACAAAUUCAAAGACCUGCCUGCUCCUAAGCCUGAACCUACAAUGGACACUGGUGCAGCUCUGGACAUUUUGUCUGGAGACUUCCUGUCCUCCUCAUCUGCUCCUGCCGUCCAGGCUCCUGUUGUCACCCCUUCUGCCCCUCCCGCACAACCCUCUGCAGACUUUGCUCUAGAUGUCUUGGCAGGGGAUUUUGUUGCCCCCGCUGUUGCACCUGCUGUGAGGUCUGCUGUCAGUCAUCCCACAGAAACCCCCCGCCAGCUGUCAACAGGAACAACAGAUGCCCUAGAAGCCCUGUCAAACACCCUGAUAGACACCACUCCUGUCCCAGAGCCCGUCCCAGUGCCCACCAAAAACAUUGUAAAGGAGAAAAAGCUGGUUGAGGAGAAGUUGAUCAAGAUGGGAGAGAGAGACGACAGUCUGCCGCCAGAGUAUCGACCCACCGAGGAGGAUCGCAAGGCGAUGGUGGAAGCCAAGGCCAAAGCAGAUGUCACACCUGAGCAGUCUCUGAAUGACGAAGCGGCUUUGGACCUGCUGUCCGGUCACUUCUCUGCUGCUCCUUUGCCGGUGGCACCAGCAGCAUCAGCAGCAGCAGGCACAACAGAGCUGGUCCCUCCUGUACUGGACUCGGAGCCUCUGAAGCCAAUGGCAGGUCCUGUCUUGGACUCACUGGCCAGUACCUUGACCCCAGAUGUCCCAGAGUUCAAAACUAAGGGAGACAAGCCAAAGGGCAAGAGCAAGUCAAAGUCAAAGUCAAGAAAACACCAUUCAGAGGACCCAUCUGCCAAGGACCAGCCGUCUGAUCAGCGAAGCUCAGAUAUUGUGCAGACGUCUCCAAAGAAAGGCGGCAGGAGAUAAGACCACUUGGUGAGACAGAAGACGUAACGAGUGACAAAAGUGCCUUUCGCGUAAGAUAACUAUGUUAAAUUGCAAAGCCUUUUUUUAUUGACUGCUGAAUGUGUUAUAUGUUUCAGGGUCUCAAUGCAACCACAUAUCCCCAGUCAAAGGGAGGCUUUAAUGAGGGGGCACAUCUCUUGAUGAUGAAUUUAUUUUUCUAUAUGCUGGAGAAUGUAUACUGGAUGAAAGGAAAAGCCUAGUGAUGCUUGUAAAACAUGCCCCAGACACACACACACACACACACACACACACACACACGCACACUGUGCAAUGCCUUUUUUUUUAAUCUUGGUUGCACACUUUGCAGAUGGAUUUUUUUUUGGGGGGGGGGGUUCAUCUUAUCUAUACAAAAUGAAAAGUAAAUUUAUAAAACAUACAAGGAAGGCAAAGAGCAAGUGCGAGUAAGGAUAAAGUGAGAGGAAAGAAGAAGUGGGCAUGUUAAGAUGAUAGAAAGUUUGUUUUACCUAAGGCAAAAGGUUGUUGGUUCGUGUGCCAAGUAUUUUGAGGGAUUUAAGGCAUUGCACAUCAGAGUACUCACUGCGUAUGUACUAGUUGACAGUUUGCAUAUUUUUUCAUUGUUACACUAAUAUUACAACGAUCCUCGAAUUACACUUUUAAAAAACAAAAACAAAAAAACAAGAUUUGAAUAAAAAGAAGACACAAACCAAUAACAACCCUCCAAGUGUGUAAUGGCGUUGCCGCCUUGUUGAAGCAAUAGGAGCUAUCAGCUAGCGUGGGUGUGUCGGAGUGGACGUCUGUGCCAUCCUCACCUUCACAGAGAAGCCAAGUACUCUUAACAUGCCAGCAGGUGCCAUUAAAACACUAUUGUACAGCUUAGUAUGCUCACAGUGAUGUCAACACUUGGUUUACAAUUUUAAGACAGUGGAGAAGAAUUUUUCCGGAUGUGGUCGUCUUGAUUCUGUGCCCAAGAGUUUUUUUUUUUUUUUUGCCAAUGCUAUUAUUUACCAUCUCUCAUGAAAACUGUCUUUUGUGUGCAAUCUGCUUUGUAACAAAAGCUUUCUUUGUGCCCUUACAGCGCCACCGAGCUCUGUAGAUUGCUUCUGUUUAUAUAUUGUAAAAAAGGCAUUUAGCUCUGUACGAGACACUGUAUGAUUUACACAGUCCCCCAAAGGCCAUCGUUUUCAUAUGUAAUUUCAAAAUUAUUAUAGUAAGCACCAUGUUGUUUGGUUUUGUUUUUUUUCUUCCCCUAAGAUUUGUUCAUGUUUAAGUGAAAGAGAGGAGGGCUAUUUUGGAUAUUGGAUAAUGAUUAAAAAGAGGCUAGGUGGACCUGUGUAUCAGCACAAGAAGAGUCUGACUUCUUCUAUUUGCAACUAUAAAUACAGGAAAUGGCUCAUUUAUUAAAAAAACAAAACAAAAACAAAAAAGAAAUAAAGAUAAUGGUGGAAACGCUG